GUCAGGGCAGUGAUCACUGACGACAGUCGAUCUAGUACACUUUUCGUCUGCGAGUCUUCCACCCUCACGCGGAUGUAUGAUCUCCCUCUGCCCCUUUUCUCCUCCCCUCUCUUCCCUUCUCCUCCCCCCCCUCUCCCUUCUCCCUCCCACCCUCCCUCACUCUGUUCCGACCACGUACGUACCCGCCAUUCCUAGUCGCAGAGCCUGGGAUAGAGUUCGUUCCCCGUGGUUUAUGCUUCCUCUGGAUUUAUUGAGUGACGUCCGAGGCAUUAAGGACCAGUCAAAUUUGUUCCUCCAGAACGUUGUGAGAGCUUUAAGACAAUGUGGGAGCUUUGAGACAUUGUGAGAGCGCUGAUCGGUUUUCGGGAAAGGUUUUAUGGUGAUUUAUUUCUUGACACGGAUUAAACUCAGGUUGAGAUUGACGGAAAGCAAAGAAUUGGCGGCAGAGGAACAAGAGACUCGACUGAGGCUCAUAUCACAGCCCGAGGCCAUUCAAGCCCAUACUUAGAACAAGUCACUGCAAGCUCUACACACGAAGGUGUCAUUAUGAGGAAGUACUAACUCUGAGAUCUUCUACUGUCUCUCACGACUGAACUGCAGUAGGUAGCACACGUGUAUACAUUGACAUCCCGUCUUGUUUGCACCUACUAUAGAUGAUACAAAAGUGCACAUACAUAUCGUCAGUCGUCAACUGUAGAUAGUGGAAAUGUACACUCUCGUUCCGCCUACUGCUUUCAGAAGAGAAGAUAACACAACCGUACACUGACAUCCCUUCUGUCGUCUACAGCAGAUAACACGAACGUUUAGUGUCAUUCCACCAGUCAUCUUGUGCAGAUAGCGAGAAUCUGGAGAAUUCUCCAGAAGUCAUAUGUAGAUAAUACGAAUGUGCACGGACAACCCGCCAGUCAUCUUCUGCCCAUAGCGUGAAUCUGGACGAUUCUCUAGAAAUUAUCUGUAGAUAUCGUGAAUGUGCACGGACACCCCGCCCACCGCUAGUCUCCAGGAGAAGUUCCCGCCAUGACGUGUACACAAGUUUGUCAGCAUGGCUGAAGGGAGGACAACUCUCCAUCGACCCCCGGAGCGCCCUAGGGAGGGAUGCGCCUAUCGUCAUGGCAACGAUAUUUGUUUACAUGUCGGCUCCACGAGGAUUGUAAAUUCAGCCUGUUGUAAAAGCAAGGAAGAUUUUCAGAUCCAUCGCUGUAAGACCACAGGUCACAGUCCUAUACAAAGGUCACGGGACCACGUCACAGACCAGAGGUCGGGCGGGGGACGACUCGGCGUGUGUCUUCACAUCGUCGCUCCAAGCGGAAGACAAGGAGAUAUGUGUCGUAUACUGAGGCCGCUGUGUAAGAGAGUGGCAGGCUUGGGUGAUGUGUUGAUGGUCGUAGAACCGCCCGAGUCGCUACAUCCUUCCUCCACACACGAACCACCCGCGCCGAAAUACACCGUGGUAGGCGGGGAGAUCAGCUCACCAUCGCUGGCUGUCAUGAUAUUCUUACCAGAGUUUGGUAGGCAAAGCCACGAAGAGCUUCACCGGAAGUUACAGAAGCCGCCCUGGCGACACCACCACACGAUCCAGUUGCAGCGCGCCCAGUCUUCCUGUGUCGUCGGGAAACAAGAGUUCUAUUUCCUGUCGCGACAACUUCCGAUGUGGAGCGUCUGUCCGUCAGUGCACGACACUUGCAAAAUCCGGAUAAACAUUUUCGUCCGCCGCUACGCCCCUAUGGUGGAGUUCUACCGACUUGUCACGGGUACCGAGAUGGAGAGCAGUAAGCAAGGAUUCUGCCUAUUUCCUCUAAAUCUAGAACAUUCCUCGCCAGCGGACUCAAGGGGAGCCACUACAACCUCCACGUCCUACGAACUGGCUCUCAAACACUGCCCUCACGUGAACCCGUACUCCCUCACCAACGCUUACCUCACUUUUCCGACCCACAAUAUGACCGCUCUACGAGCCGUUCUCCACACCGACGUCACUUCCCUCAACCGCCAUCACUACGUGGUUCACGACCCCGACGGGAACGCCAUUAUUCUUCAUGACGUCACGGCGUCACGUGACUCGGCAAGCAGCCGUACUCUCUACCUCAAUCAUCCUUCUUCCCCUGCGUACACAGAGCCUGUGGACAAAGCUAGCGUGCACAGUGGCAGUAUAGAUUCUGGAAGAUUCUCUGAUUUUGACGCCUGUUCCGCGGAAUUGGACCACUACAUGUCUAAACUGAUCAAAACGUGUAAGUUGGCGGGGGAAGAUGAUGAGGACAGCGCUUUCACAGCAUCGAUGGAGGACCAAGGAGGCACCUGUCGCCCAUGGCACCCUCAGCCCCCUAGAAAACAGUGGGACCAGGAGAAAGGCAAGAACCAUUUCCAUUUAGACAGAACGCCAAAACAUCUCAACAGCUGAGACGAAACUGUUAAUUGUAAAAUAUUGUUGCUAUUUUAUGGUCCCUGAGAUGGUCUGAGUUGAUUCUGCCUCUCAUGACAGAAGCCGCUUUCGCUCGACCAAACACAUUUUUAAUGCGCGAGUCGAAUUCACGUCGUUCGCAUUCAGGGCAAAAAGGCAAAGUUUUACACCUCGCAGGCGGUAACACAAAUCGUACCCUUUACAGACUUCAACAAGCUGACUAAGGGAGCAACAAGGAAUUUAAUCUCCGUUCAGGAUAUUGUUCAUUUACAAUGUAUUUGGUUUUGAGUAUGUUCUAUUUUUGAUUCAGCCCUGGAUCUUUUCUAAACAAAUGACGUAUUUCCGUUCUCUGCCAAACGUUAAUGUUUCAACACCCUCUCCC